AUGCCCAAGGAUUCGGCACCAUCGGUCUAUACUCUAUCCGUCGACGAGACCCAACUCCCCGCCGAGUGUCCCGAACUCGCCGGCAUCAUCGGCGCGAACGCGACGUCCUUCACAACCUUCGUCUGCAAAGCGUCCAUCUCGGAAAUCACCGUCGCCACCGACUUCAGCCUGCCCGACUACGCCAUCAAGCGCAUCACCCCCGACGAAAGCUCCGCCCGACCCGUCAUGACCAACAACUUCCUCGGCACUUGGCUGCGGCCGCUGUCGUUCCCAAACGACAUCAUCCCCAAGCUCUUCCUCCAACCCACCGCUGACACCUCCUCGUCCUCCUCCUAUAGCACCUUCUUCCAAGCCCUCAUCGCCCACACCCGCACCUCAUCCUCCUCCUCCUCCUCCGCAGACGCAGACCCCACCACCUUCCCCGCCUCCUCCCUCCUCGGCGCCGCCAACUUCCCCGCCCUCUCCGCCCUCCUCCGCCACCACUUCCGCAUCAUCACCGCCCAGGCCGCGCACCACGCCCUGCGCGUCCCCACCACCACUAAUCUACCCACCACCACUAAUCUAUCCACUACUAACCUACCCACCACCAUCCCCGCCACCCUCACCAACCCCAACGCCCCCCGCCUCCGCCAAUCCGCCAUCUCGACGCACGUCCUCGCAUCCCUGCUCGGCACCAUCGCGGCGUGCGUGGCCGUCACGUCCCUCGGCACCGCGCGAAGUGGCGGGGAUGUGAGGCGUUUGUUGCCGAAGAAUCCGUGCGGUAUCGCCGCGAUGGGGAGCUUGUUGGCGGGGGCGGGGGUGGAGGAGAAGGAGGAGGAGAUGGUGAUGAUGGUGCGGGAUGAUGAUGGUUUUGUUUUUGGGUUGGGGUGGUGGAGGGGGAGGGAAGACGGGGAGAGGUUUGGGGUUGGGGUGGGGAGGAGGAGGAGGGGGAGGAGGGGGCAAGGGGAUGAUGGUGAUGACGAUGAUGAUGGGCGGAUUGAGUUGAGGGGGAUGUGA